AUGGGCAGUCUGGCAAACGUGUCAGCGGUCGCUACCCGGGGAAGUUGCUCUGCUGACGAAUGGACAGAGUCUUACGUCAUCAUAUACAGUGAAAAUGGCGUUGAUUGGUCGAUUUAUCAAGAAUUUGGUAGAAAUAAGAUAUUCGUUGGUAACAGUGAUGGUACUGGUGUGGUAACCAAUCGCCUCAAUUCUCCAGUUGUUGCCAGGUUUGUGAGAAUUUCACCCAGAACUUGGCAUGGAAAUGCUGCCUUACGUGUUGAGCUGUUCAGCUGUCAAACAUCGACUCCAACUUGGUCUGUGGCUAAGCCACGAAGUUGUUUGGAUCAUGCAAGAAACGGUUUAAAAACCAACGGUUACUACAAUAUUUAUGACGCCAGCUCCAAUCUCAUCACCGUUUACUGUGAUAUGACGUCAGAGGCAGGAAAAGCCUGGACACUAGUCAUGUCCUGGGCUACAAGGAAUAAAGACAUGACAGAAUUUCGAAGCACAUUUUUAUCUGUGGACGCCCCAGUCGAUCCAGGUUUCCUAAACUGGAACAAAUACCGAAUGAGUUUGGGCAUGAUGAAUGAUCUUAGUGCCCAGUCUACUCAUUGGCGAGCAACCUGCAGUUUCCCAACCCAUGGCGUUGAUUAUGUUGAUUACGUUAGAGGAAAAUUCCGAGACUUUGACAUUGUGAACUUUAGGCAAUGGAGAGUAUGUAAGAGGGUAGAAUAUGUGAAUAUCCGUGGUCAUCAGUGCAGUGAUUGUGACAUGCCGUGGUGGCAAGAUUUGCAAUCAUCCCUUCAUACAGACAGCAGCUAUAAAACUUGUGGUUUUGACCCAACACAGGGCGCAGUUUCUUCAGAAGAUAAUUUUGGUUAUUAUUCCACAGUUAAUCCAAAUUUCCGUUGCACGGCUGACGCAAGCGCCACAACAAACUGGUGGUUCGGCGGUGAUGUCGUGUAAAACAUUGUCAAAUCAUGCCUGGGAUUUUA